AUGAGUGACUCCAUAAAAAGAGUCCUAGAUACAAACGAUUUGGCUGACAUCCGGAUGAAUAAGAGCUUUGGAUCUCUUGUCAUUGGCGCAGGUGGAUUCAAGAACCUCUCAUUUUUAGAAAAGGAUUGUCGAAAUUAUAUUGACAAAACAAAACAUCUGCAACUUGGGAAAGGUGGCACUGGUGCGCUUCAAGAAUAUUUUUUAAGAAUGCAGUAUAAAAAUCUUGGGUUCUUUGCAUUGAUGGAUUUAGAUGAUGACGGGAGGUUAAAGAAUGUCUUUUGGGCAGACCCCCGUAGUAGGGCAUCAUAUCAGUAUUUCGGUGAUGUGGUCACAUUCGACACUACAUAUCUGACGAAUAGAUAUGGGAUGUCCUUUGCACUAUUUGUUGGUGUAAACCACCACAUCCAGUCAAUUCUAUUGGGUGCAGGAUUGAUAUCCAGUGAGUGUAUGGAUAGUGUAGCUCCGAGAGCUAUUAUCACAGAUCAGGACAGAGCGAUGAAAAAUGCGAUUGCCAUUGUAUUUCCAGAAAGCCGACACCGAUUUUGUUUGUGGCAUAUACUGAAGAAUUUCCAUGAAAAGCUUAGCUCGCAUGCUUCGUACAAAAAUAGGAUGAAAAUUGCAUUGAUGAAAUCUGUGUAUGACACCCAAAGUGUUGAAGAGUUUGAAAAGAGUUGGGAUCAGCUAAUCACCACGUACAACUUGCAUAAGAAUGCCUGGCUGCAAAGUUUAUAUGCCGAGCGUGAGCAUUGA